AUGGCGAGCAGAGGAUUUGAAUUCCCUGUAUCAGCAGGCAGUUCAUCAAUUCCUGUCAUGUUUGGAUCUUCGGCUUCUGUGCCACCGACACCUCUCUUUGGCACCACUGCGGUUUACGCGCCUGCACCAUCCUUCCCCGGCACUGCGACUUACGGGCCUACUUCUUUCUUCGGCGGCAGUGCAGCUUACAUGCUUACACCUUACCGCACUGCGGCUUACGCGACUACGCCUCUCUUCGGUGCCACUACGGUUUGUACGCCUACGUCUUUCUUCCCAAUCCCCGCGCAAUCUUCUGCACUCGAUGUGUCUUUCAGCAUUCCGAGCAUACGAUUUUCUACACCACCCAUGCUUUUCAACCCUCCGGCAGGAAAUUCUACUUCGACUUUUGUUACUCCGCCCACUUCAUUUCCUUUUGGAACCUCAGCGACUCAAUCUUCCUCUGCAUCUCAACAUUCACUUGCGUUUAGCAGUUUUGAUUCAUAUUCUUCACCCACUGGUGCAACUACAAUUAAAAUUCCCGUGUGUGGUCAAGCGACUGCGCUAGUACAGACCACUACUUCUGAUGCUGUAACCGUGCCAUUUUCAUCACGACCAACUUCCGCUACCAAUUCCGCUGCAUAUCCCCGUUUUACGUUAUCGUCUUCAGAGGCAUCUAUGACAACUCCUGCACCUUCAGUAAUAGUUAACUUUGGAGAGUGGGAUAGGCCAAUGGAUAUAGCGCGCCAACAUGACACUUUUAAUCUUAUGUUGAGACAACGUAUGCGACAGAAGUAUGCUGCUAUGGUAGGGAGGGAUCAACUUUAUGAGAGAGUAGCAAGGGAAGAGGUUGGAAGAGAUUGGGACCUAAUUGAGAGAGACCAAGCUCAAGCAGAUUGGGAUAGUCUGCAGAUCCAACAUGGUGAAGCGCGAGAGAGGGAGACACAAAUGCAGAUAGAGGUGCAACAACUAUAUGCUAAGAUAGAGGCACUCAAAAUAGAGCAAGAUCGUGUGCGAGGAGAGCUCGAGAAACUUCAUCAGAAAGAGGUGCAACAACUAUGUACUAAGAUAGAUGCACUUAAAGUGGAGCAAGAUCCUGUGCAACAACUAUUUGCUAAGAUAGAUGCACUCAAUGUAGAGCAAGAUCGUCUGCAACAGAUAUGUGCCAAGAUAGAUGCACUCAAAGCAGAGCAAGAUCGUGUGCGAGGAGAGCUCGAGACACUUCAUCAGAUGAGAACAGCAGAUAUACAAGUAUCGCAGAGGAUGGAUGCACGACAACGGAGAAUGCUAGCUUGA